AGGAUGAAAAAGAUAUGAAAAACCAAACAAUUGUAGGUAGUUUUCUGAGAUUGUAAUCCCGCUGUUCAUCAAUAAAGCUCGUUACAUCUGCCGGGAAAAAAACCAAACAGUCAAACACCACUCGUGUGCCUAACAAGAGAAAAACAUCACUCGUGCCAGUCUCGCGAGUGGUCUACUUUACACAGGAAAACUUAUUGUCCAUUGACAAAAGGGACCCAAACAAUUCCUGGUACCCCUCCCAUCUGGUCCCGCUUCCCGACAAAUCCGCCAGCCUGCCCAGCUCACCGUCCGAUGCACACCCCGGCUCCGGAUCAUGCCGUCCAAAAGCGAUCCCGAUUUGAAAAAAGCGGUGUCGCGUCAGGAGCUAUAAAUACGAACUCCCGUCUCUCUCCCUCAAAACCGGAGCGAAACGAAAACCCCACUCUCUGAUCUCUCUCCUCCGGUCCGAUCGACCUCGUCGCCUCCGCCGCGGCGCGCCCCGCCGUCACCCUCCCCCCGUACGGAGAGCCCGACCGAUCGGUCGGCCGGUCCUAUGCGCGUCGCUGAUAAGGUGAUCUUGGAGAUGGGAGCAUAAAUCUAGCACCCCAAUUGGAUCAACAUUUGAGGGGAAUGGACAAUCCACCGCAGCUGCAGCUGGGGUCCAUGCAGCUGGACAUCGCCUCCGCCUUCUAUGCUGGCAAGCCAGAGAUUGCUGCCACAGAAGCAGCAGUCUCCCAUGCGCUUGGGCCAGCACCAACGCUUCCCCGCCAUCAGCCCUCGCCGCAGAGCGUGCAGUCGCCACUGCUGAUAUGGCGUACAGCUGCUGCUGUAAAGCACCCUAUGCCAUUACCUACGCUCCCUCCAGCUAAGAAGCUGCAGGUGCCGCGGAAUUCAUCUGUACUGGCAACAGCUUUGCCAGUUCUGGAGGCAUUGCCGGUUGCAAAGUUGCAACGACCAAAGCUGCAGGUGCGUCGCCCAUUGCGACAGGCAUCGCCACUGCUGGAGCAAGAGUCACUGAAGAAGGAGAUGCCAGUAUUGUUGUCAACACCUGCAACCUCUAUUGGCGUGGUGCUGAAUUCUCUAAAGCCGUGGACAGAAACAUCAUCUGAAUCAAUAGAUACAACACCGACAAGGAGAAAAUACUGCAAGUGCAAGAACUCAAAAUGUCUGAAGCUGUACUGUGAGUGUUUUGCAACAGGCAGAUACUGCAAUGAUUGCAACUGCACAGGCUGUUUUAACAAUGUGAGUCAUGAGAGUGCAAGAAAGGAUGCUGUCAAUGCUGUAAUGGAACGAAAAGCUAUGGCCUUGAAUCCCAAAAUUUUGAAUAGCCCACGAACAGCGCAAAACUAUUGGGGCAAAACAGCUGAAGGCCCACUUGUUGGUAAGCAUACAAGGGGCUGCAAUUGCAGGAAAUCAGAAUGUCUGAAGAAAUACUGUGAGUGCUUUCUAUAUAAUGUUCUCUGUUCAGAGAACUGCAACUGUAAGAACUGCAAGAACUAUGAGAGUAAUGAAGAUAGAAAAGCAAUUUUCCAUAUUGCCCCGCAGCAUGCUGUCUUUGUGCAGCAUGUGCAGAAUUAUGCUUUAAGUGGAAUGCUUGGGCCAUCUUCAGCCCUUCACACAACAGAAAAUGGCCCCAAUGUCACAAUAUCUGCAUCAGGCAGUCAUCAGCCCAUUAGCAACAGCAAUUCUUCACAAGCACUUGUUCCUUUACUCAGUUCUCUUCCUAUAAAAGAUAUUGAAUCUCUUGUUUCAAAAAACGGUACUAAAAGUCCCUCAAACUUAGGACCUCAUGAAGUUUCUUACAGGUGGCGUUCAGCUUAUGCUUAUAUUAGAUUCCUCUUCUGUGCUUAUUUCAAUUUAUGGUAUAAUAAAUAUUUUUUAUCUUCCUCAAGGCGGCUUUUAGCAAACACUAUCCAGAUGGAGGAUGUAAAUGAGCUCUGUAAACUUUUGAUUCUAGCAUCAAGCCAAUCUGCUGAAGCAUUUUCAGAUUCAGGUAUUAAGGAAAGCACCAACACAAAAAAGUUACAUCGAGCGGAGAGUUGCCUCUCUUCCACAAACCAUGAUAAGGAAGCAGUUCAUAAAGAACAGGAUAAACAAGUGUGCUUUCAGGAAAGUAGUUAUGAUGGAUGCAAGGCUAACAACAGGUAUGUGUCUCCUGGAUCCCAGGCGCUGAUGUGUGAUGAGCAAGACGCUGUUUUCCAGUUGUCAAGAGCUGCAUAUGCAAUUCACUCAAUCACGGCACAGGACUUGUCGGACAUUUUCAUAGAGAAAGAGAAGCGUGUACUGACAAAUUUCCGUGACUAUCUUUGGAAGCUUGCAAACUGUGGGAGACUGCAAGGAAACAGCAUCACCAGUUCCUCCACAACAAGGGUUGAAGAGGUAUCCAGAUUCGGACAAAUCAUCCCUCCAUUCUCCAUCCAGUAUCAAUGAACUUCACUUUUCAGUCCACUGAAACAUCUGAGAAAAGAACCAAUAUUGAACACCUAGAGGCGAGGAAAUGUUGAAUGCGGAACGAUCAUCGCAUUUCCUGAUCAGAGAAAUGGUGUCGACAGGGGACAGAAAACCUGAGACCUCCCUUGGUUAUAGCAGAACUUGAUACGUGAAUCUGGUCUGUGCUGAGCAAUUCCUGACACGCCACCAUCUUUUUUUCUCAGCCCCUGUACAUUGUUGAGUUGGCUUUCUCAUGUAAAUUGUCUCCCAGUACAUCUGUGAAUUUUCUACCAACCCCCAAGUCCAAUGUAAUCGAAUACCCUGUUUGCCCUACCAUGAAUCCAUGGAAAGUGCUGAAAUGGCAAGAAGCAGAAGGUGCGGCAUUGUGAGCCGUGGGGAGAUCUCCAUUCGC